CGCUUUUCCAUUUCCACACACGUCUGGAAAAUUUAGUUUUCAUUUUGCAACCAAUGCAAGAAGUCCCCGCGUAGGAUGGCGUCAAAGACUCGCGGCUGUCUAAAGGACUAAUAAACAACUAAUUAUUUUUAGCUGUUGCCGUUUGCGGUGAAUUAAAGUUUAGUUUUGUUUCAGUUGUGAUGUAGUUUUGUGGUUUUCGGACGCUGGCGUAUCUUUAAAAAGGCUAUGUUAAACACCGAGUGGGCACAAGUAGAAGUUAUAGAUUUGAUCAAUGACGGUUCCGGCUUGGCAUUCGGUAUAAUUGGCGGAAGAAGUACUGGCGUGGUAGUAAAAACUAUCUUACCAGGAGGAGUCGCUGACAGGGAUGGUCGAUUACAAAGCGGCGAUCAUAUUCUACAAAUCGGUGAAGUUAAUCUACGAGGUCUCGGCUCCGAACAGGUGGCGUCGGUGCUGCGACAGUGCGGCGUACACGUACGAAUGGUAGUUGCCAGACCUGUAGAAUCGACUACGACCGAUAUCCAGUCUUUGGGUAGUCACGCACCAAUAGUACCAACGAAAAUCCUCGGCGAUCCCGUCGAACUCGAUCGACACCUUAUCGAAAAUGGCUAUGCAGGAACUUGUGCACCGAUACCUAUCGUACCAUACAUGCCUCUCAUUUAUGGAACACAAAACCCUAUAUCAGAUAUCGUCGACGUCGUCAGAAACCCCUUGCCGAUCGGCAAAAUCCCGAUUCCAAAAAUAUGCCCUCCCCCGCCUCCGUUAUCGCCAUUGUCACCGAAAAGUAUCAAAUCCCAAGACUCUCCGGAAACUGAAACGUUUACGUUGGAACUCAAAAAGGACGAUCUCGGUUUAGGAAUUACUGUAGCCGGUUAUGUUUGCGAAAAAGAAGAAAUAUCUGGGAUAUUCGUGAAAAGUAUUAGUAAAGGGAGUGCAGCUGACGCCAAGAAACUUAUCAAAGUCAACGAUAGGAUUAUUGAGGUCAAUGGAACUUCAGUGAUAGGCCACACGAACCAUCAAGCGGUCGAAUUUCUUAAAAAUGCAGGCCCUUUGGUGAAAAUCAAAUUCGAAAGAUACUUGCGAGGUCCCAAAUACGAACAAUUGCAAUUGGCCAUUAAAGCGAACGAGCUGCGACCACCUUCGCCUCCUUCGCCCACUGUUUCGUCACUGCCUAAAGUUCCACUUAGUUUAGUGCACACAAGUUAUCUGGGUAUAGAGCCAGAAGGUGAAUCACGCACAAGCAUAGAUUUCGAUUCGACAGGGCUUUUCGAUGCCAUCAGUCCGAUUGAAGAGGAACAAGAAAUCGUAAUAGGCGGCGGAAAGUCUUUAAAAUUCAGCAUUGCCAGUCACGAGUCCAUCUACGAUAAGUGGCAAGAUAAAAUCGACAAAAAUGCACAAAUUAUAAUAGCACAAAUGCACAAAACCGAAAACAGCGGGCUGGGUAUUAGUCUAGAAGGUACCGUAGAUGUGGAGGAUGGCAAAGAAGUGAGGCCGCAUCACUAUAUUAGAAAUAUUUUGCCUGACGGACCGGUGGGUCAGAAUGGAACUUUGGAAUCUGGUGAUGAAUUGCUCGAGGUAAACAACAUUCAAUUACUCGGACUGAACCACCUCGAAGUAGUAGCCAUAUUAAAACAACUGCCCUCAUUUGUAAGUUUAGUUUGCGCCCGGUAUCCCGUUCCUAUUAGAAUAAUCGACACUUCGCAGCAUCCCGAUGCAUUUCAAGCCAGAAAAAUCCUUGCAGAUAGUCUACAAACUCUCAUACACUCCGAACCGCGUUUGGUCAAAGCCAAAUCGGAAACCUCAAUAGCUUCAAGUGUAGGCAGCGAAGUUUUAACAGUAAGCAAAUCGAGAUCAUUAGAAUUAAUCGCCGGAUUACCGAUGUGGUGCGACGAACCGACCAUUGUAGAAUUAAUCAAAGGAGAUCAUGGACUAGGAUUUUCUAUUUUAGAUUAUCAAGACCCAUUAAAUCCUCAAGAAACUGUGAUAGUUAUCCGUUCCUUAGUGCCAGGCGGCGUGGCUCAGGCCGAUGGUCGAUUAAUACCGGGCGAUCGAUUAUUAGCUGUAAACGAUGUUAAUUUAGGACGAGCCUCACUAGACACUGCCGUCCAGGUGCUCAAAGGGGCACCAAAGGGUACAGUACGAAUUGCCGUUGCUAAACCUUUGAAUGGAAGCGGCGAUGCUGUUUCACAUACCAGCCAGGAAACAGAAGACGAUCAAACCUGUCUGGAAGAUUUCCAAGAGUGCAUCGAAGAAUUUCAAGAAGACUUGAUCUCGGUGCCGAUUUUCAUCGAAGACGAGCACUCGUUCAAUCAUUCGCCGCCGACAUCGCAAGUGGAAGAUUUCGGUCAAAAAAACGUCAAUCGCCACAACGCGGACAUUAUAGAAAAUAAUUAUCUAAAUAUCAAAGAAUUAGCUAGGGAUAGUAUAGGUGACAGUGAUAUCGAUAUAAGUUUCAAAAGUACAAAUGAUAAUUGUUUGGACCAUAGUGCGAAAAAUGGCGAGAUUCGAUUAGUUUUAAGAAGCCAAUAUGAUGUUCAAAAAACUGAUAGCGAAAAACCGUCUUUAUCGGACAAAGACGGUUACGAAACUUGCAUGGACGAGUCUUUAACAGAAGAACCCAAAGCAAAAGUCUACAAUCUUGUCGAAGAAGUAUUCGAAUUAGACGAUGUAACACCAACCAAUUCUAAAAUAGAUAUAAGUAAUAAUAAAUGCUUCCCGUCAAAAUCCUGUGCCAAAAAUAAAGUGCCAAGUUCAUCGGAACCGUGUUUACCUACAGACUACUAUCCAAUGUCUAAACACAUUUAUCUCGAUUCUAAACUGGAAGAAUUAAAGUCCUAUCGUGUAAACGAAGAUAAUGAAGCCGACGAGUUUUUCUUAGUGCAAUAUCCGCAUCCAACCAAAGAAGUUGUGAGCAAAAGUGUUAGCGAACCCAUCGUUUUGGACACCGACGGACUUUCCGAAAGCAAACUCACCUACAAACUUCGCGAGUACUACAACGACUACGAAAAUUGUCUCGACGCUUACAAAAACGUUACGGAAUACGAAAAAAUCGGCGCGGAAAUGAACGAUUCGCAAAUUUUCGACGAGAUCGUUUUACCUUUCAAAUGUCGGUCGACGCCUAAUAUAACUGACAGAUCUUUUGUGACUUUAACUUACGAUCCCGGGCCCGAUUUUGUUAGGAGGAAAUCGGCUUUUGUUGCUGGAUAUGAUGGUGACAUGACAGUAAUUCGACACAUUGAGCCUGAGUACGGAAGCAUGAAGAUUCACGAGGACAGCGAGCUCCAUAAACAUUGGGGCUCCACUCAUGUGGUCAAAAUAUAUAGAGAACCACAUAAGGGCCUUGGGAUCAGUAUCGUUGGAGGAAAAGUAGAUGUUCCACCUUCGGAAAAACAAACCGACUCGUUUCUUGGAAUAUUCGUGAAAAACGUAGAACCCCAAAGUCCGGCAGGAAAAACGGGACAAUUCAAAACAGGCGAUAGGAUAUUAGAAGUCAGCGGGAUCGAUUUGAGGGAUGCCACGCACGACAAGGCCGUUGAAUCUAUUAGAAAGGCCCCUAAUCCUGUCGUUUUUCUCAUUCAAUCCCUUAUACCUUGGGUAAGUCAUAGUUUAUGUGUAUCCUAUGACGGUAUAUAUAUUUUUUUGAAUACAGUCAGUGGCGGCUCGUGA